AUGCAGCCUCACCCCCAUUUACGGCCUACUCGCCGCCUGGUCACAGGUCACUCGCCCGAUGGAAAAGCGAUAUUCGAAUCCGAUGACAAGGUAAUACCCGUCAAUCCAACUCCAGCUCCAGCUUCGGACACACCUGAAGACGAACAAACAGCUCUACCAGUCGGGAUAACCCUGAUCCACCGCACAGAAAACUGCCCGGUAAAAAUUCAAGGCUCUCGUAAUGAGUUGAAUGUCGAAAACCUUCGUCGCGGUCAAGGCGAAAAGGGCGUCGUCCGCCAGAUCAUUGAUUUGCCGCCUACAUCACAAGACAAGCCGCUGUACUUGCAUCGCAACCAGAGUCUAGAUUACGGUGUGGUAUUGAAGGGGAGCAUGAACAUUAUACUAGAUGAUGGAGAGGAGGAGACGUUAAGGGAAGGAGAUGUUUAUGUGCAAAAGUGA